AUGGCUCGCUAUGGUGGCCUUUUCGGUAUCAUGGCUAUGGCGAUGCUAUCCCAACACUGCUUGGCGCUAGUCAGCACCGAGUUGAUCGAAGAAUCGGGGGUUUCGGCCACGCUGGUGGCUGAUGCGUUCGGGGCCGCCGCGGGGGGGUAUAUGCAUUUCGAAGUUGAGCCGACGUCCGAUUGGCGGAGCAACGGCGUAGCCUACCUCGUCGUCGUGGCGGAGAGCAUGACAUCUCAGUACUUCACCACCCUGCUUGAGAUGAGCGAUCUGGAAGCGGACGAUCCGCCGCCGGUGUGCGCGGCGCCUUCGGCCGGCCGUUUCGAGAUCACGGGCCACGAUUCGUUCAACAUGUCCAUCGCACACCACGACCGGUACUCCCCGUACCUCGUGGUGUGCGAUCGGGGGGGCAGCUUCUACGGGCACGUGACGUCGACCUUCCUCAACCGUGUGCCCGAGGGGGACCUCACCCAGCACCUCCCCAUCAACCAGGCCAUGCUCCCCGCGCUGUACACGUUGAUGAGCGUGGUGUACGUGGCGCUGACCGCGGCGUGGCUGGGCGAGAUGGUUCGUCUCCGUCGCCACGUGCUGCCCGUGCACUCGCUGUGCCUGGCGUGCGUGGUCGUCAAGACCGUGCAGUUCAUCCUUCGGGCGAUCUACUUCCACCGACAGAGCGUUCACGGCGGGGAGGGGGACAGGGAUCGACUGCUUGGUGCCGCGGUGGUGUUGUUCAUCGUCCUGUUCCAGGUCGUGUUCUUGCUGACGCUGCUGCUGUUCAGCCUCGGCUGGGGGUUCAUACGGCCCUCCCUUCGGUCCAAGGAAGGCUGGUUGGUAACAAUCACCAUCGGGUUCUAUGCAGGCGUUUCCCUGAUCGACGCCAGCUGUGACGACACGAACUCCUCCAGCUGGUGCAGCGGUGUCGGCCUCAUGGCGUACGCCGUCCGCAGCCUGGUGAUGCUCACCACCGUCGUCGCCAUCAACUUCAACAUCACGCACAUCCGCUUCUGUAUACAGCUCCCUUGGACGAGCAGCAGCGCCCUCGAGUACGUCAAGCUGAGCCGGUAUCUGUCCUACCGCAUGACUUUCCUGGCGUACUUGCUCAUGCCCACGGUGCUACUGAUGGUGAGCGUGUUCAUCCUCUCGUGGGAAUACGACUGGAUCUACGUCGCCCUCGAUGAGUUCGUCAGGUUCCUCAUCAUCGCACAUCUCGGGGUUACCUUCGCCCCGCUUGACCCGUGGUUACUGACUCGCGCUUUCGAUCAUAGCUUGGAGCAGCAAGGGUCGUGACGACGCCCCAAACAUGCGUGAUGACUUGAACCUUAGAUAGGGUGAGCUACCGGUUGAGUCUAGAACUCACUUACACCUCUUCAGCGUUUUGUUUUGUGUGUAGACGUGGAGUGUGGGCGUUAGUUCGUUCGUUGUGGGUUCUUCGCAGGAACCCGUACUGCUGUAUUGUAUGUAUGUAGGCAAACGUGUAAUAUGCUUUUUACCUCGGUCUCUGUGAUGUUUUGUGGUGUAGUGGUGUUGAUUGGUGUGCGCACGGUACCCGCCUGUUGUGUCCAAAACCAGAUAUUUUAGUCGUAUCAAGAAGCCGGGUUCCUUUGGGUUAGGGUCA